CCACCUCUUAACUCAACAAACACCCAACACUACUACUAUUACUACUAUUUCCUUUUUUUGAACUCUCUAAAAAAUAAUGGAUAUCUUUGGAAACUAUUAUUCAGGUCCACUUUUAACCGAAUCUUCAUCAUCUUCGUCGUCAUCAUCAUCAUUUUCUGACGAGGAAGUUAUGUUAGCUUCAAACAAUCCGAAAAAGCCAGCUGGCAGGAAGAAAUUUCGCGAAACUCGACAUCCAGUAUACAGGGGAGUCAGGAUGAGGAAUUCAGGAAAAUGGGUCUGCGAAAUCAGAGAACCAAAUAAGAAAUCACGAAUUUGGCUUGGUACUUUCCCUACUGCUGAAAUGGCGGCUAGAGCUCAUGACGUGGCAGUUUUAGCAUUAAGGGGACGUUCUGCUUGCUUGAACUUCGCGGACUCUGCUUGGAGGUUGCCUAUCCCGGCUUCCUCCAAUUCCAAGGAUAUUCAAAAGGCGGCCGCUGAGGCAGCCGAAGCCUUCCGACAAUCGUCAUCAGAGUCCGAAGGAGACUCUAUUAGUAAUAGUACUCCUGAAAUACCAGAAAGCGCGUUGUUUAUAAUGAAUGAGGAAGCGCCAUUUUUCAUGGAUGAAGAAGCACUGUUCUACAUGCCGGGAUUACUUACGAAUAUGGCGGAAGGAUUAAUGCUACCUCCACCUCAAUGUGGAGAAAUCGGAGAUCAUUAUGUGGAGGCUGUUGAUAGUUACAUGCCUUUAUGGAGUUACUCUGUCUAAAUAGUUUUUGUUAUUAACUGUACUACUACUAUUUUUAGGAAGUUAGGACAUUCUAUCUGUACAGCUUCUUAAAGAUUUUAGGUAGUUUUCGUACUCUAUUUAGAUGGUACGAAUGUACACUAGCUAGUAUUUUAAUUUAGUACUAAACGAUGUAGAUUGUAGCGCCACCACAAUUAUAACACGUGUAAAUUGGAUGACUUGGUUUUGGCAGUGAGAAGAAAAGAUUUGCAUUGCAAAUAUCAAGCCGUCUUAUUUGAAUGUUCAAUAUUUUUUGCCUUUCUAAA